AUGGAACGCGCGCGGCGGUUGGCGAACAAGGCGGCGCUGAGGCGCCUCGUUGCAGCCUCGAAGCAUCACCGACAAAUCGAUCCCCCAUUGUUCAAUUCCUCCCCUGUUUCCUUCACAGCGUCGAGAUUCAUCUCUUCAAUGUCUUCCAAUUCGUUCGUUUCUAAACCGGUAAGAUCGGAUUCGUUUCUCAAUCGAAAUGGAUUCGGAAUCGGUUCUCAGAUUCAAUUCCGGUCCGUUUCCGUUGAGGCUUUGAAGCCGAGCGAUACGUUCCCUCGCCGCCAUAACUCUGCUACCCCUGAAGAACAAACCAAAAUGGCUGAGGUAUGUGGAUUUGAUAGCCUCGAUUCGCUUGUUGAUGCCACUGUCCCUAAAUCGAUUAGGCUUCAAUCGAUGAAAUUCAAUAAAUUCGAUGAAGGGUUAACAGAGAGCCAAAUGAUUGAACAUAUGCAGAAUUUGGCUGCUAAGAACAAGAUUUUCAAAUCUUAUAUUGGGAUGGGGUAUUAUAAUACUCAUGUUCCUCCUGUUAUUUUGAGAAAUAUUAUGGAGAAUCCUGCUUGGUAUACUCAAUACACUCCAUAUCAGGCUGAGAUUUCUCAGGGUCGUCUUGAAUCUUUGCUUAAUUAUCAAACAUUAAUCACAGAUCUUACUGGUCUCCCUAUGUCCAAUGCCUCAUUGCUUGAUGAAGGAACUGCAGCUGCUGAGGCUAUGGCAAUGUGUAAUAAUAUUCUGAAAGGGAAGAAGAAAACGUUUAUCAUUUCAAAUAAUUGUCACCCGCAAACGAUUGAUAUUUGUAUUACUCGAGCAGCGGGUUUCGAUCUGAACGUAGUGACUGCAGAUCUUAAGGAUAUCGAUUAUAAAUCGGGGGAUGUUUGUGGUGUUCUUGUUCAAUAUCCUGGUACUGAAGGGGAGGUGUUGGACUAUGGGGAGUUUAUUAAGAAUGCUCAUGCUAAUGGGGUUAAGGUUGUGAUGGCUACUGAUCUUUUGGCAUUGACGAUGUUGAAGCCCCCCGGUGAAUUGGGGGCGGAUAUUGUCGUUGGAUCUGCUCAACGGUUCGGUGUUCCGAUGGGGUAUGGUGGUCCUCAUGCUGCCUUUUUGGCUACCUCUCAAGAGUAUAAGAGGAUGAUGCCAGGACGAAUCAUUGGUGUUAGCGUUGAUUCGUCGGGUAAACCUGCGUUGCGUAUGGCGAUGCAGACGAGGGAGCAGCAUAUCAGGAGGGACAAGGCUACCAGCAACAUUUGUACUGCUCAGGCGUUGCUCGCGAACAUGGCUGCCAUGUACGCUGUGUACCAUGGACCAGCGGGCCUCAAGGCCAUUGCAACGCGAGUUCAUGGCCUUGCUGGUGCUUUUGCUGUUGGACUGAAGAAACUAGGCGUAGCCGAAGUUCAAGGUCUUCCCUUCUUUGACACCGUAAAGGUUAAGGUUGCUAAUGCUGAUGCAAUUGCUGAUGCUGCUUACAAGAAGGGUAUUAAUCUUCGAAUCGUCGACAAGAACACGAUCACCGUUGCUUUCGAUGAAACGACGACCUUAAAGGAUGUUGAUGAUCUUUUUUCGGUUUUUUCGGGUGGAAAGCCAGUUCCAUUUACUGCAGAAUCUCUUGCUCCCGAGGUCGAGAAUGCAAUUCCUGCAGGUCUAGUGAGGGAGAGCUCAUACCUUACCCAUCCGAUCUUUAACACGUACCAUACUGAACAUGAACUGCUGAGGUACCUCCAGAAGUUGCAGUCGAAGGACCUUUCGCUUUGCCACAGUAUGAUUCCGUUGGGGUCUUGUACGAUGAAGCUGAAUGCAACAACGGAGAUGAUGCCCGUAACAUGGCCCGGUUUCACCAACCUUCACCCUUUUGCUCCUACUGAGCAGACUCAGGGGUAUCAGGAGAUGUUCAGUGAUUUGGGAGACCUGUUAUGUGCGAUAACAGGGUUUGAUUCAUUCUCGUUGCAACCAAAUGCUGGUGCGGCUGGAGAGUAUGCUGGCCUCAUGGUUAUUCGUGCUUACCACAUGGCAAGAGGAGACCACCACCGCAACGUGUGCAUCAUUCCGCUCUCGGCACACGGGACGAAUCCUGCAAGUGCAGCCAUGUGUGGAAUGAAGAUAGUUUCAGUCGGAACCGAUUCGAAGGGAAACAUCAACAUUCCGGAGCUGAAGAAGGCUGCAGAAGCCAACAAGGAGAAUCUCUCAGCUCUCAUGGUCACAUACCCUUCUACUCAUGGAGUGUAUGAAGAAGGCAUUGAUGAGAUUUGUAAGAUCAUUCAUGACAAUGGUGGUCAAGUCUACAUGGAUGGAGCCAACAUGAACGCCCAGGUAGGUUUAACAAGCCCGGGUUGGAUCGGAGCUGAUGUUUGCCAUCUCAAUCUCCACAAAACCUUCUGCAUUCCACAUGGAGGAGGUGGCCCUGGCAUGGGCCCUAUUGGUGUCAAGAAGCACCUUGCACCAUUUUUGCCUUCACAUCCUGUGGUACCUACUGGAGGCAUACCUGCUCCUGACAAUGCUCAGCCUCUUGGUACAAUAGCUGCUGCACCAUGGGGGUCUGCUCUCAUUCUCCCUAUAUCUUACACUUACAUAGCCAUGAUGGGAUCCCAGGGGCUAACCGACGCAUCGAAGAUCGCCAUUCUGAAUGCAAAUUACAUGGCUAAACGUUUAGAGGAACAUUACCCUGUUCUCUUCCGUGGUGUCAACGGAACGGUUGCCCAUGAAUUCAUCAUCGACUUGAGAGGCUUCAAGCAAACUGCUGGAAUAGAGCCUGAAGAUGUUGCUAAACGUCUAAUGGACUAUGGUUUCCAUGCACCCACCAUGUCAUGGCCUGUCCCUGGCACGCUCAUGAUCGAACCCACAGAAAGUGAAAGCAAGGCGGAGUUGGAUAGAUUCUGUGAUGCCCUUAUUUCGAUCAGAGAAGAAAUUGCUCAGAUUGAGAAAGGAAAAGCUGAUAUCAACAACAAUGUCCUAAAGGGUGCUCCUCAUCCGCCAUCUCUGCUAAUGGGAGAUGCAUGGACAAAGCCAUACUCGAGGGAAUAUGCAGCUUUUCCUGCUUCCUGGCUCAGGGGUUCCAAGUUCUGGCCAACCACAGGACGUGUCGACAAUGUGUAUGGUGAUCGCAACCUGAUCUGUACUCUACAGCCAGCGAACCAGGUUGUCGAGGAAGCAGCAGCAGCCACUGCUUAGUUUCCUACACAGUUCUUCCUGCAAGAUUCUCAAUUAUAUUACAACUUUUCUCUGUUUCUCCUCUCUAGUUUCACUGUACAUACAUUACCAAUAUUGGUAUUUGUCAUUUUCACUUUCCUGAAACGUUGAAAGUUAGUUGCUGCAGUACAACAUUUGUUGCUGAUUGCAACUUCAACAUUGUAGUAAUUGUUGCUUACC